AUGUCAAAGAAACAACCAACGAUCCCCGUAAAGAAUGACGCCCCUCGUAUUAUUCUUCAAAACGAACCAAUUUUACUCGAAAUUGAGAAAAAGUUAAACUUAGCCCCUGGUUCUCUUCGUUUUGAGUCACAAAAAUAUAUCACAUGUCCAAGCGAUCCAACAAAGCUUAAACAAGUCAGUCCCUUUCUUAAAGAACAAUUCAAACAAUUCGUCUUUUUUACUGUCAAAACUCAAUAUGAAACGAACGUUCAAUUGGUCCUUACACAUUACCUUAAUCUGCAAGCAAGAUAUCCAAAUCUCUCUGAUCUAAGAUUUGCUUUGUUGAAUGACAAUGAAGCUCGACAUCAGUGUGAGUUCUUAAUAUAUGGAAAGAAACAACCAUCAUUGGAAAAGAUCAAGGGAAUGAUCGCUAAAGACUCUUUGAACUACUUUGAGGAAUUUACAAAAUUCACCUCACACCCUCAAAUAGUUCAAAAGAACUAUUUUAAAGUAUUUAACUUGGUGGACCAAUACUUCUUAACAACUAUCCCACAAGAUUUCAAUGAAAACACGAUCCCACAAGUCUACGGACUCAAAGGGAAUAUGAAAGAGUUUAAGAAAGCAGUGGAGAAGAUUGAGAAUGAAACGUUUGAAAUUGUUAAGAUCAAAACGACUCACCCCAUUGACGAAGUCACAAAAUUGUACUUCGACGAGCAGUUCUACAAUUUGUUGAGUAAAGUGAUGAAAGUGUUACCAUCGUUUUGGUGUGUUUUCAUACAGUCUGGGAAGACCAAUGUUUGCGAGUUACAUGUCGAAAAGCAAUUCACUGCAAAUUUGGUGUUACUCUUAUCAGCAUUUUUUGAAGGUGUGCAACAAACUGUUAUGCAUGAGAAUAUCAAUGACGACGACUAUGUCAAAUUUAAACAAUACGCAACAGACCAUCCACUUCCGUAUAAUGCGUCGUACACACUUACUAAGACCAAAACAAAGAAAGAGGCCAAACAGAAUUUGGUCUUUGUCAUUACAACAAAUCAAGACAUCAACCCCGUGUGCCACACCGAUUACAAAGAAAAGUUUGUCGACUUCUUCUCAAUUUCUUUGACACGACAACCAACUCCACCACUCCCACAAAACGACAUUUCCAAAGCGAUAACCGCAGAUACUAACUUUGAAAAUACACAACCACCCGUCCCUGUUAUGAGACCUUCAUUACCACGGAUAACAUAUUCUUUCACUGUUAAUGAAGAAGCCGAUAAAAAAGAACGAUUGCAAAAGAAGGAGAAGAAAGAAAAACAAGAGAAGCUCGAGCAAGAGUCAACCGAAAAAGAAACAAACGACAUUGAAAACAAAGAGGAGAAAGGUGAUGACAAGAAGGACGACUUUGUUAUCACAGACAAUGAAGUUAUAUCACAAAUCUCAACCAUUGACGAUCUGUUCGCUACAGUCGAAGAGCAACGCCCACCUGUAGCGCACCGACCCGUCAGAGCUGGGACUCGUAAAGCUCCAAGUAAGAAUUUGAUCAACAAACAGAAGAAGAUGCGUACCGAGACGACUUCAAAAGAUGAGAAAAACAAUCCGACGGUAGUGUUACCUGGGAGUACUACUCCUGAAGUUAACACGAAAGACAAAGGUAAAAAGGACAAAGACGUCAAAAAGAAAGGCAAAGAUGCGAAAGAAGAUGUCGAGCCACAAAUAGCGCCCAAAAAGAUCAUAGGAACGGGGAUGGGUGGGAUGGUUAUUACACAAGCCGAUUUAAAGAAGCAAUUGUCGAAGAGUGGCUCUGUCCCCGCAAAGAAGAAUGAAGAGAAGAAAGACGACAAGAAAAAGGAUAAAAAGAAGAAAUAA